AUGAUGGGGAAUUCCAUGGAGGUCCAAUGGUUAGGACUCCAUGCUUUCAGUGUGGUGGCCUGGGUUCCAUCCCUGAUGAGGGAAGUAAGAUGCUACAACCUGCACAGUAUGGCUAAAAAAAAUAAUACUAAUAAAAUUCAUGAUGGUUGCCCAAAAAAAGACACCAAAAACAAACUUCAGGGACUCCCUGAUGGUUCAGUGGUAAAGACUUCGCCUUUCAAUGCAGGAGACACUGGUAUGAUCCCUGAUCCAGGAAGAUCCCACAUGCUCCCGAGCAACAGAGCCUGUGUGCCCCAACUCUUGAGCCUGUUCUGUGGAGCCCAGGAACCACAACCACUGGGCCCAGAAGCCACAGCUACUGAAGCCUGCACACCCUAG